GGUCCACGCGCAUAGUACGCGGAAGUUCGUCACUGCGUUAUUACGCACGAUCCACACGCUCAAAUUGUGGGAUCGUGUAACUCCGCUAUGGUCAAGCAAUAAACCAAGACGUGGGUAAAAUGCAGAGAGCGUGAGAGUUUUAUUAUGAAACUCUCUCUAUUUGUCAACAUACGUUUGUCUACGACAAAAUCAUUUAAUUCAUUACGAACUAAUUUUUAAGGUCUCGGUGAAAACCAUGCGCGCAGUGUUGGGACUCAUAACACCGACUCGUGAUCUUUACCUUCCUCUUAAACAAUAGUGUACAGCUCUGCUAAGGUAUACUGGGAGGACUGGUGCCGUUGCUUGGUGAUAUUGGGACAGUAGCGUUACUCUGUUCAAUUUGUUACUGAAACAAUCGCGACACUCGUGGCAAGAAGGUCGUAAUUAAAUCACAAUGGGACACUGCGACAGCUUGACAUUGAUCAACUUUUCAACCCUGUGAUCCACAUGCAGGCGUGUUGAACGCUGACAUCAAUGCAAGGCACCAAGUUUCGCAAUUCAAACAUUCAGCACCACUGCACAACUUAGCAUUUAAUUUCAGUGAGGCCUCUCGAAAUGUGUCAUUUCAAUCCAAUUUUUUAAAAUGAAAAAUGUCACCCAAGAGAGUUCAGCUCGAGAAAUUCACAGAGGGCGUUUUUAGGUUUUUGGUAUGGAGUUAUUGCAUAAUGUUGAUCUGAUGAUUAACUGAGCUGAGCCGUAUGUCCAAUAAAUCUUAGGUGCCACGUGAGCAGGUUUUAUUUUAGGGGGAAAGCUCUUUUGAUGCCUCGUAUCGCAGCUGCCGUUGGGAGCGUGUCUGGGACUCCAGGUUACACUAAAAUCGUCUAAGGACAAGCAUAUCUGCUGGAAUGUCCUCGGUGGCAUCGAUUCGGCUUCCAGCAAUCCCUCACCCGUCGUCGAGACUCGGCGACCCGGAGACCAUCUCUCUUAGAGGGCAUUCCACGGACUACAGCAGAGUCCUGAAACGCCUAAUGCCGCCGCGAGCAGCCAGGUCCCCGUCACCAGGGACAGAGAGCCUGGACUCGGCGUUUCGGAGUCAGUCGGCAGCAAGUGAGCGCAGCUUCGAGACGGAGAGGGGUCCGAGAGUGGCCAGGAGUUACCCGGUUGUCCAUGCGCCCGACCCGGACAAAACAAAAACCCCCAGUUUCGGUCAGAAGGUGCCAGCAGAGAGCCAUGGUGCACAUAGAGUUUCCACCAGCUUCUCUUCCACGUGUGAACCUCAGUUAAAGGCACAAGUGGACGAGCUGGAGUGUAAUUUAAAGGAGAGGAUUCAGAUCACUGGAGCUCUCACUCUCAAAACCCUGUUCAAGAACAACCACCCUGAUGGCAAACCUGUGGCCAACAGGUCUGUGCUGCUUCUGAUUUUGGGUAAAUUCCUGAGGAGACUCAUCACAGGGAAGCAGAUCAAGCUUCUUCUACAGCGUCUGCGGUUGUCCGACAGGGCUCAGGUGAGCUUCGAAGACCUGUAUAGUGCGCUGAGAGACCCGGAGCCACUUGCCCCACUGAGCCUUUCCCAAACUCUGGCCCUGCUCCGGGGAGACGUCCGCUCCAGCUUCCUGGAGUGUGUGGAACGCCAAGCAGAGGGAGAGUCGUUCAGUCAGUGCUGGAUAUCUGCUUCCCAACUGAGGAACAUUCUGGAAAAACUGAAGCUUCGCCUUCCCAAGCCUGACUUUGAUCGGUUCUGGAAACGGCUUGACCCGGACGGAAUCGGAGCCUUGAAGCUCGACGUCCUUCUGGAAAAAGUGGGAGUGGACAGGACAGUGAAACUGCAGCCCUUAGACGAGGACAUGCCAAGGUCCCUGCCAGCCAGAGCUCAGGACCCCCAACCCGCAGCCCGGACGAUCUCAAAGGCAGAGGAGGAGCGUCAGGCAUCCAUCACCAUGGAGAUGUGGUUGAAGGACAGGUUCAGGGCGGGGGCUCAGAGGAUGAAGGCGGAGUUUGAUAAGCACGACCCAGAUGGGUGCGGUAAGGUGAGCAAUGAAAAUUUCCUGCAAGUGCUUGCAAACUUUGACCUACGACUGAAGAAGGAGCACCUGGGUCUUUUCCUGGCCCGUUGCGGCCUGGAAUUCCGGAAGAACGGUGUGGAUUACAUACACUUCCUACGUGCUUUCCAGGACCGGAGCCAGGAUGGCAUCACACACCGGAUCCUGUCCAACCCCCAACACUGGUUUCACUCUAAGGAGAAUACCAGCAAGGUUUACUCUGUAGCUGCAGUAGAAGCCAAACUGACACAACUCUUUCAAUCUGAAUACCUCUCCCUCCUAGAAACCUUUCAGAACAUUGAUAAGGUCAAUGUGGGAAGCAUUACUCAAGAGGAGUUCAGGGCAGCUGUGGAGAGCAGGUUUGGCCUGGAGAUUUCCGACAGGGAGUUUGAACAGCUGACGGACAGGCUCCCCUUAGACCGGCUCGGAAACGUGCAGUACGGCGUCUUCAUGGCCGCCUUUGACACAAGGAAAGGAGCCCCGAGUCUUUUCGAGGCGUGCAGGGCUGCUGGGAAUUGUGGGCCGUCAGCGAAAGACCCAGACAAUGUAGAGGAGAAGAGUAUGAGGGGAGCGUCAGAUAGGAGAGCUCGGAGUGUCAGUAAGCUGUCCAGGUUGAUCAGGAGUAUAGUAACCAAGCAGUACAGAGAUGUGGUGAGAGAGUUUGAGGAGCUUGACGAGAAAAACACAAAGCGACUCACUCAAGAGGACAUGUACCAGCUUCUCAAGAGGUUUCCUGUGCAGCCCGAGAUAACCCGUGGUGAGGUGCGUCAUCUCUGGUUGUCCCUGCUUACCCGGCAGGACGGCACUCUGGACUUCCAGCACUUUGUCCGCCACUUCGGCCCGUCUCCCGCGUCCUGCCGCUACCCGGACGCCAAGCGCUGCCCGCCCCGGCGUGGGGAUAAUGACCUCAUGCGCCUGUCCAACAAGCUCAGCUACGUCUCAGAUAUCUUGGUGGAUGCUCUCCGGGCUAAGGUGGAGCUGUCCGUAGCUGAGCUGUGGGCUGAGUUCUGUGGUAUAGACACGGCCGGUACAGGCUCACUGAGCCGCAACGAGUUUACUGAAGUUUUAACGAGGCUCUGCGUCCAUCUCAGCCAGUACGAGUGUGAGGUCUUGGCCAACAAGUUUGACCUGAACCACGAUGGCAGAGUUUCGUACAGAGAGUUUCUUAGGCCUUUUGCUUCCAAGGAUCAAGUAUUGAAGCAUGGAUCCAACAUGGCCGCUGCCCUGCAGUCGCAGGGCGAGACUAGCGAUUCCCCCAAGGAUGAGGAAACUGUGUCUCUGGAGACCCUGAGCACCAGGAUCAGGAAGAAGCUCCACAGGGAGCGCCGCGCCCUCCGGCGGGCCUGCCUGCGUUUGGAUGCUUCCCACUCGGGCCACCUCUCUGCGUGGGACCUUGCUGCUGUCCUGCAGCUGUGCGGAGUGUGCGGCAACCAGGAGGAUCUGGGCCGCGUGCUCCGCCUGCUGCACACGCACCCGUCUGGACGCCUAGACUACCGCCCGCUUCUCCGCAAGGACCCCGUAACGUCAGCACAUGACCAGAACCUCCAUCCACACCUGGGGAGCCAGACUGGAAUGUAGGCUUUUAGGUGAAGUUCAAACUUCAAAGCCACCUUAAACUAGGUAUAGCGAAUAUGUCCAGUUAAUAUCCAGUCUUAUCCGAGAGGGAAAUGAGAGAGAAACUUCUUGUGUGAGGUCACUGUUGGCCCUUUGUGAAGAUGAUACAGUCCAAUGUGCCAAACACUUAACCAGGAGGGUAGGUAAACAGAUUCACUUGGCUGAGACUUGUAUAAUCUUAUACUGGGUCCACAACCAUUCACGUUUUCCAUAUUUCAAUAUUCAUUUGUCUUUGGAUGAACCUUUAAAAUGAUGUAACCCUGUAAUCGUCUUGAACCAGAAAUGGUCUGGUAUAAGUAGAUUAAGGAUUUGUGGGUAAAGCGUCAUUCAUAUGGAAUUUUCUCAAAUGUUGUUGUAACAAAUUCAUUUUAAAGCCUCUCGUGACCUCCAGUAACCAAGACAAAAGGCUUAAAUAGCAAAACAAACAAACAAAAAACAAAACAGAAAAAAACACCUUUUCCCCAACAAGAUGAGAGUCUACCCUUCUCUGGUGUGUGGUGAAUAUGGUAUUACCAAGGCUUGGUUAGACAAUCCAAAACAGUCACUUAAGCAAUGUAAGAAAGGUAGUUAGCAAUUAAAGUUAUAGUUGGCCAGGCAGUUAUUAAAAGAGUAAUCGAAAGAAUUUAACCAAAGUCACGAAUGCUUAUCUUAAGGUGUUUUCAUACAAACAUUCAUCAUUCCAGGGUCUUGAGGAGAGUACUGCUUAUUUGCAUAAUUGAAAUAGUGUAAUAAUGCUGAAUAAUUUCAGUCAUAUGUUUUUAUCUUAACGAAAGAUGGGAGAAAGGAAUGUUUAGAUUUAGAAAUGCAAGUUGGUUUGUGGUGUUUAUGUGGUGUAUACUUCCAGCACACUUAGCAUAUGUAAGAAGGGACUUGAUUUGCGCACACUGAUUUUGUAUCUCAUGUUUGCAAGGGUUUUAUGAUUAAAU